GCUUCGUAGUUUCUCUCUCUAAACUCACACCAAAAAACGCGCUCUCUCUCUCUCUCUCUAGAUUUUUGUUCUCUCUCUCUCUCUCUCUCUAGAUUUUUGUUCUCUCUCUCUCUCUCUCGAUCGAAGAAGAAGAAGAAGAUGAAGGGUGGAUAUGGAAGUGGGGGGUCGGGAGCAAAGAUCGAUAGGAAAGUGGUGGAGAAGAAUAGGAGGAUUCACAUGAAGAGCUUGUGCUUUAAGCUCUCCUCUCUCAUUCCUAAAGAUCAUAACUUCCCAAAGGAUGCGUUGUCGCAAUACGAUCACCUGGACCAAGCUGCAGACUACAUAAAAACCCUGAGAGAGCGAAUCGAAAGUCUGAAACAGAGGAAGAAAUGCGCAAUGGGCAAAGAAAAAUAUAAAGAAGUCGGCGGUGAGAUGUCCAAUGAGUUUGGUUUGCCUCUGAUCGAGGUGAGGCACCAAGAUUCAAUCUUGGAGGUGAUCCUGAUCACUGGACUCAAGAAGAGGUUCAUGUUCUAUGAAGUCAUUGGGGUUUUGGAGGAAGAAGGUGCUGAGGUCGUCAAUGCUAGCUUCUCAGUUGUAGGAGACAAGAUCUUUUACACUAUUCACUCACAGGCUAUAUCAUCAAGAAUUGGACUUGAGGCUUCAAGGGUAUCUGAAAGACUUAACGAACUCAUACAGCAAUAACUCUAGUUUUUGUUCACAUUUAGGGACAAAAACACUUAGUUUGGGAGGUUUUUUGG